GUUCACUUACAGGACUAUACUACGGUACCCAGAAUCCAAACACCGUGAUGCACUGGAGGUAAGGUUAAGGACAAAUCUUGUUUUUUCUAUGUACGACAUUUGAGUUUGUCGGUAACUCGUGACCAUCUGCCUCAGCAUCAGAUGCGUCACAUGAACUUUGCAGAUUGAAGUGUUUCUACUGUAUCUGGGUCAAUGAAGUCACCCUAACUGGAGAAUUGACUAGCGAGUCAUUAUAGUGUUUUCAAUUGACAACUCUUAAGGACCAUUCAAAUCAGCUGAUUCUAAGAUGCUUGAUAGAGGGUUGAUGACGCCGAGCCCCGCGAAUGCCUACACUCAAAUCAGCCGGGAAGGAAACCUGUUAGAGCUUAAAACCAAUUGUCACACGACCAAAUUUUCAUCCUGCAAGUUUGCAAAAGAUGCUGGACAGCCGUUAGGGUAUCCUGAUCUAGUCACAAUGAAGUGGAUAAAUUCAGCUUACGAGGGACAAACAUUUCAAAAUGGUGAUUAUCAUAAUAACACUGCACAGGUGCCUGAAGCAAGUCAUCCCUCUUAUCAUCGCUUCUCUCAUCAUCAGAUGUAUGACCAUUAUCAUCAUGCUCAUCAACAUCAACAGCUACUGGAAGGGGAAGGGAGUCUCCGAGAGGAACUCUUGUCAUUUCUAGAGGACAAGAAAGACUCCCCGGAGAUGAGCAUGGGUGCCCUGGGGCCGAUGCCAGUAACCUCCAAUCCGUCCUCCCCCACCCAUGGGAUGAGCCAGUACUGUGCGAUAUGUGGCGAUCGAGCGACGGGUAAACACUACGGAGCCUCAAGCUGUGAUGGCUGUAAGGGUUUCUUCAGACGUAGUGUUCGUAAAAACCAUGUAUAUACGUGUCGCUUCAGUCGGAACUGUGUAGUGGACAAGGACAAGCGUAACCAAUGUCGCUACUGUCGACUACGCAAAUGUUUCCGGGCAGGCAUGAAAAAAGAAGCUGUACAGAAUGAACGGGAUAGGAUAAGCGUGCGGAGAACUAGUUAUGAAGAUGUUGGACAGAACACAACCCUGUCUGUCAGCACACUGUUAAAUGCCGAAAUACUGUCACGACAGAUUACCUCCCCUGCUGGCCUGUUAGAUUCGUCUCAGAGAAAUAUUGCUUCAACAGACGAUGUGGCCGAAUCCAUGAAACAGCAGCUCCUUGUACUGGUCGAGUGGGCCAAAUACAUUCCCUGUUUUUGUGAACUUCCGCUAGAUGACCAGGUUGCUCUGCUUCGUGCACAUGCUGGCGAACACUUAGUCCUUGGUUGUGCCAGGCGAUCAAUGUCAUCAAAUGACAUGCUUUUGCUUGGCAAUGAUGCCAUCAUUCCUCGCCACUGUCAAGAUGCAGACAUGGGUCGUGUGGCCUCGAGAAUCCUUGAUGAACUGACAGGGCCCCUUAGGGAGGUACAAAUAGAUGACUCGGAGUUCGCCUGUAUGAAAGCUAUUGUGUUUUUUGAUCCAGAUGCGAAGGGCUUGAGUGAUCCCCAGAAGAUCAAAAACUUUCGUUACCAGAUCCAAGUUAAUUUGGAGGACUAUGUAAACGAUCGUCAGUACGAUACUAGAGGACGUUUUGGAGAGAUCCUUCUCCUGCUGCCACCCCUUCAGAGUAUCACAUGGCAGAUGAUUGAGCAGGUUCAGUUUGCCAAAUUGUUUGGAAUGGCACAUAUUGACAAUCUCCUCCAGGAAAUGCUUCUCGGAGGAGCAGCAGCAGCUGCAGCAGACCCCACCACAGCAACAAACACACCCACCUCACUCGAGCCGUCUCUGGACUUACCUAGUUUCCAGGAUCCGAUGAGUGACCACCUUACGAUGCCCCAAGGAAUGGAUCUCCCCCACAUGUCCCCCACAGCCAGUCAGAGUCCACCCCUCGGACUCUCCUUACUUCACAAUCCAAUAGACCAUAUAUCCACCCCAUCUCUAACAGCAGACCACCUGUUGUGUAGUACGUCCAUGGCUGGCGCUAUGUUAGACCACGGAUCAAUUCACAUUCCUAAUGGACACAGCCCAGUGGCGUCCCCAACCCUUCCCACCACCUCUGAAUCUUACAAGGUUGCAAUGACCCCGCAACAGAGGUUUAAACAGGAAGUGCUGUAACCAUGUUUUAAGACUCAUUUUAUCAAUAUGAAAGUUACUUUCGUUUAUCUCGUUGUUAUGACGUUUUAAGUUUGGUUACAAUGCGUACCAAACUGGAUAACAAUGGUGGUCAAGGAAUGAUUGGGCACAUUUCAUUCCUGUUUGUUGUGUUGUAGUAUACACUUGCCAUUCCUUGAAACAGGGGAGAAAACUCUUCCUGUGCUAUUUGAUCUGAGCUGGUCAUGGGGAAGAAUUGAUGUCCGACUUCUACAUGACACUUCCAAACAGUGUUGACACUUACUAAGUAAUGUGACCUGCAGCUUUCAAAAGACUUUGUGCUUCCGUUGUAGACAGCCUGAUGACCGGCUUGCUGAGGAUGUCAUAAUCAUGUGAUAUAUUUUUAACCACUGUAAAGAGUGUUACUUAGUAACUGUCCUCAAUAUCUGACAUGUCCAUCUUGUUGCUCAUCUUUGAAAUCUAAGGGUUAUGAUUAGAGUUUGUACAUGAACACAAAUCCCUGGAAUUCGGAGGAUGUUGUGUGGCUGUGACGUCAGCGAUGGCUUUGAUAGUUUGACUAUAGUAGUCCUAUUAGAUAUGUUUGUAAAUGUUAAAAAUGAAUUAAAUCUUAUGUGAAUGUCAGUGAUUAUUCUGUUGUGAAAUACACAAGUGACAACAUAAACAAUUUUGUUAAUUACCUAAAAUGAAGAUUUGUAAUUCCAGUUAAAACAUUGAGGUGUUACAGCCUAAAUGUAACACUCUGAAAAUAGAAUUGUCAUGCAGCUUCAGCGAUAUUAGAGUUAGCUAUAUUAAUAAUUAUCAAGAAGCCUGACAAAGUGAAUCUGUUUAACACCUCUGUUUAACACCAAGAAAUGACUCAAUCAUUUUAUAUAAAGCUUGAAAGGUUAUAUCUCAUAUUUGAAAACAUACCUUUCAUAAAUAAACAUUGACUGAACCAGUUGUUUUGUUGUCUAAUACCAGGUAUAGGAUUUAUGCUUUAACUAAUUCAGUAAAACUUUUUUACAAUAUUCAUUGAAUCAAUUAUUUCAUUUAUUAAAGUGUGUUUGAAUAUUGAAUAUUCAUUUGAUCAUUUAUUUGUUUGAUUCAUUAAUAUUUUGAAUAUUCAUAUUUCAUUAAAUAUGUUUGAAUAUUCAUUAGCAUCAAUCAGUUAGAAUAGUCAUGUAACAUUAAUCAGUUUGAAUAUUCAUAGAUUCCUUAAGAUCAGUAUGCUUUUGCACUGACAAUACCUAUAUAAAAUUUCCUAGAAAACAAGUCCCAUAAAUGUCACAGUGCCAUAGCUAGCUUGUACUUGCCAUUUGUGGAUGAGAACAUGAAGAAAACAUACAGCCUACUAUAAAAUCAGUGUAGGGAUAAGGUAACAUAUAUCUUGUACAGGUAGGUUUAAGACCGAUAUAUAUAGGAGAUAUUUGGGGGAGGAGGGUGUGGAGUGAAGCUAUAUGAAGGUUUAAACUGGAGGGGAUUAAAUACUGUGUCAAGGUUUGACAUGGUUUACCAUAAAAAAACCAAGAGGAGUUAAGUUAACUAGGUUAGGUUUGAUUAUAUUCAAAUGUUUAGGGAGGGUGUUAUAUCAAGGUUUAAACCAGAGGGGUCAAAUCAAGGUUAUACAAGGUUUUACUAUAAAUUAAGGUUUAACUCUGUACAUGUGUAUAGGGAGGGUGUUAUAUCAAGGUUGAUAUAUUCAUCACAAUAAGUUUUAGAGGGUCAUUAGCUAUCCUAACACAGGCAUCGUCAGAUUAUGAUGACUAAUUGUGUACUUAUGUACUAAAAAAUAGUACAACCAUAGUAGCAGGCCUCUACAGUGUCUUAUUGGCUAUAAUUUAUAUUACCAUGGUAACAACCAAACAGUGCCUAAUUGGCUACAAUAUGUAUUACCAUGGUAACAACCAAACAGUGUUUAAUUGGCUACAAUAUGUAUUACCAUGGUAACAGGUCUAUAGUGUGUCUAAUUGGCUACAAUAUGUAUUACCAUGGUAACAGACAUGUAUUACCAUGGUUACAGACACUAUGUAUUACCAUGGUAACAGUUUUUGUUAGAGGAGAUAUUAUGUUUAUUAUGCAGAUUUGAACAGGUUGGUGCUGAGAUAUCCUUGCAUGCUAUUGAGAAAAAGUGACGUAAACAAUGCAAUUUUUAUUUUGUUGAUGUAUUAUAAUUAAUUUUAAUGUGAAAACUAUACUAUGUUUUACGCAUACAUUCUUGUGUCAUACAUCUAACUUUUAUAUUAUCUGUGAAUUGUGUGUAAUUUGUGAAUUGUGAAUUAUAGAAAAAAUAGAAUGUGUAAAGAAAAAUGAUUCAGAUGUCAAUUGCUCAACAUAUCACCUAGUCAGUAACAUAGUAAUGUGUUUCCCCUGUAUCAAACCCUGCAGGCCAACACAGUCCCAGAUUUUAAUGGCGGGGAAGACAGAAAACAGUUUUGGUUUGUAUUUCUAAUGGAUAUUAAUAGAUAUGAGUGGCUUGUUUUAAGGCUUUAUGUCUUAAUGUCAGAAAAGUAAAUCAUAAAUGGAAUAAUGUACGAUUAUUGAAAAUAUACUGAUAAUGUUAUCAAUUCACUCAGUUUUUCCAGGAAUAGAACCACAUCUCAUCUUCUGCUUGUUUGGUCCCAUUUGGGCAUUAUUGUAAAUCUUUUUUUUUUGUGUGAAUCAAUCUUUUUUUAUCUUUAAAUAGAAUUUAUCAUUGAUAAGUAAUAACUGAUAAAUUGUUAUUGACAUAAGAUUAUAGGAUAUAGAGUUGUCUGGUAAAACAAAAAUAUAUAGGUCUUAAUUUGAGGAUUUGAUAAUAAAGAAAGGGGCAUUGCUAAAGUAAUCAGCUAUUGAUAAGACCCUGACUGGUAAUGUUAAUAAACACGGACAGUUUUACAUUAAAUGGUUCAUAUAAAUCCUGCUGUGUAUAGGUACAGAUCUCAGCCUUCGUACUGCUCCAGCUAAUGUUGCUGAUAAAAUUCUCUAUCCAGUUUUAUGUUUUUAUGUCAUUGCCUUUCAGAAAUAAAAACUUCCAUUUACAAUUGUCACACAACUGUACCAAGUGGAUGUGACCUCAUUUAAGAGUGUGUUGUUUGAAUUGCCUUAUCAUGCUCUAGCCUAUUGAAUCAUUAUUUCUGUUUUCAUGAAUACAGCUUCUAAAUCAAUUAAAUAAUAAUACCUACAGAAUGUAUAUGUUUUUGAAACAAGCUUUGAUUUAACAAAUACGGAUUUCUCAGAAAUCUAUCCAUCUAACAUGGUUUGUCUUUGUACAUAUGUAUUAUUGAUUAAAUUUUAUAAUUUGAAAAAGAGGUACAUAAGGAAAAUGACCAUUAUGCUUUGAUUUAGUUUUUGUAUGCACAUGUGCAUAUAAGUCAGCUGUAAAUAGAAAAAUGCCAGGUUGGUUUGUGAAAAGUGAUUAUGUAUUCACAAACUGACAAAAAAUUCACACAAAAAUGAGAAGAACUACAGGAAUAACACUACAGUGAUUACAAAUCAUUGAUGAUUCUUUAAGUGCAAAUGAGUUUAUUUUAAAGAAUGUUAAAUUAUGGGUACAAGUUGAAUAUGCUGCAGUGACCCAUUUUAUAAUGUCAACUAAAAACAUUGUGAAUUAACACUUAAUUCCUUGUUCUAAUAAAAAUUGAACUCCCCAUACAUGAGGACAUUAUUUUGUACUUUUUGAUUCUAGUUCUUGACCAACAAAAUUGUUAGAACCUGGAAAAAAUGUAGGAGAAAAGUUAUGAUUAUGAAAUCUUGGUGUGACCAGGUGAAUUGUGUCAGUAGUGUAUAUAUAUAUACUGUUGAUAUGUGUGUUGUGUGUUUUGUGCAUAUAGCUGCCUAGUUAUCUCGCAUGUAAUGUGAAAAUGAGCCAUUAAGUAUGCAAUGUGUUUAAAUUCUUGUACAUAAUAUUGUAUUAAUAUAGAAACAAAAUAUAUAGAUUUUUAAUAAAAUACAUAUAUAUAUGAAUUUGAAAAAUUGUAUGAUUUAUUUUAUAAGUAUUCUAUUUGCAAAAUUUGCAUUAUUAUAACCAUCAUUCAUGGUCAUAGAAAUGUUUGACAAAAUAUUCAAUUUCUAAUAUUUGUGUGAUGCAAAAUUCUGACAUUUGGUUUUGGCAUCACAUUCAGAUUUAAUAUUUAACUGAAAUGGUUGAACUCAUUUCUACUUUUUGUCAGACACUUGGCUUAAUAUCCAUCUAUAAUUAUUAUCAUGAUUGGCAUGUGUCAUGGCCAGGUGGUCAGCCAUUCAGAAAGUGGCAACAUGAGCACUCAGAUAUUCAGAAUAUUUUUAUUCUUGAAUAUGGCAUUCAUUUGCAAUAAAAGGUUUACUAGUGAAUGGGUUUAUCACAAGUAAAAAUGGGGUUAUAUGGUCCAAAAUAAAAAUGGGGUUAUAUGGUCCAAAAUAAAAAUGACUCGUAACUCACCCAUCAUCAUUUUAAUCACUUGACUAACUUAAUGGAGGGUAAAUAUGGUGGCAGCUAAUAGACAGAGCCUUAAUAUUAGGUAUAUACACUUUGAGAUCAUACAGAAAUGUUUACGAUGUUUAUAUAAGUUUAAGCUAUAAUAACAAAGACAAAUCAUCAUGUACUGUCAUUCAUCGGAUAACAAUAAACAUAAUCCUCAAACGACA